CUGGGGUUAGAUGAGGACAUGGAGGAGGCCAGCAGCAAGGACCUAACCACCACGAAAGGGGCCUACUUGUCGCUCCUUUAUUUGCGCCAUUUAAGAAUUAGAGAACUGCAGCGCAUUUGCUUAGGAAUCCUCAACUACUUCAGAUCUAUUGAAAGAACGCUCACUAUCAGCACCUCAGGUCUGACCUUGAGCGCUGGUAAUCUGGUCUCCACUGCUGAAGAUCCUUGUUGGGUAAACGCAGCCAAAGGAGGUAUAGGUGCCUUUGGUGGUCUUGGCUGCCAUUGCUACAUGCAUUAUACGCCAGCUGACUGUAAGGUUCACAGUUUGCAAUUUAUGGAAUUUGCAGAAGUAGAAAAUCACGAUGAUUUUUAUACCACAGAAGACGCAUACAUUCACACACAGGAUCAGCGAGGGGUUUAUGUGAUGUAUGAUGUUGCUCUCCAGGAUCUGAAAGAUCUAGAAAAGGAGCUUUUACUCUUGGCAACACAGUGCAUCGAAACGGAGAAGGACAACACAACAUGCAGCGAUUCUAGUAAUGGUGCCUAUUCUGGGUGGGCACAUGCGUCUGUGGAUCGAUCUGCAAUACUGCUUGACCUAUGGACUUGUGAAAAAACUUUCUUAGAAAAUAAAUGGCAGCUUCUGGAUAGUUACUUUGAAGCUUAUAAUCAUGCCUUAGAUUCAGAAGAAAGAUUUGCUUUGGCCCAAGUAAUAACUGACAUUAUGUACAAACGCCCUCGAUUUGAUUUCCGCCUUGGAUAUUUCAUAAACAUCUAUAAAGAUGAGUGCAUUUGCCUAAGGCUUCACCUACAGCUCAUAAAGGAUAUAUUGAACAAACAGAUAGAUAACCAGCGUAAAUAUAAUCAUAAGAUUUGGCGUGAUGGUCCCAAAGAUGGCAUCAGUGAAUAUGGUUUCCCCCCAUAUAUUAUUGCAAAACAAUUAAUUGCUGUGAAUAACAGUCCUCCAGCUUUGAAGAAUAUUUAUUUGCUGGAGUUCCACCCCUCCCUUGGCCUGGUAUCUUUAAUCUCUAAAGCUUUGGAUCACGUCCUCCAGGAAUUCAACCAAAUCUGUAGGCCAAAAACUGCCAGUGAUGUAAUUAAUCUGGAGAAACGUGUACUGCAACUUGCAUUGGAUGAGUGGAUGACCAUGGAAAGUCCAGCGUCUUUUUAUGGCCCUCAGAUCCAAAAAGAUUUGUUCAUGGAUGUUCUGGUUGAAGAUCCUUCUCUUGUAAGAGAGAUUGCUAUGUCAGCGCUGACAUCCACAACAGAAGAAGAACAGAAACAGGGCAAAGAAAAACACACAUUUGUUGUGAAUAUUUUUUCAAGGCUCCUGGAACUUCUAACUCUUCGUCAUCGACUGAUAGAAGCAGCAGUAGAGAGUGCACAGCUGGGCAGACUCUACAAAGAAUUUGCAGGAGAAAUGGGUUUUGAUGAAUUCCAUUUGUACUUAAGGCCUGUGUUCUUUGAGUUUGCAACUCACAAAGAGAAAGCAGAUCAUCUCCCACCAAUAUUCAUUACUUCUCUUCUUGAGGAUGACAGUGGUGUGGAUAGGUAUAUUCCAUCCAGCUUAGUGUUAAGCAUCCAGGAUAUUGACAGUCAAAUUGGAAAAUUUAGCUUUCAUACAAGAGAGAGCGUUCUUCAGCUCUUAUUGCACUCUGGAAUAGAAAACUUGCAGAUCACUCUUGCCUGUCAAGUCACUCAGAAAAAUACGCUCCUUGUUGCUGUUCAGCAGGCUGCAUUGUGCCAUAUGAUGCAGCCCACACAAACUGUAGACGUGAAGGAAGGGAGCCAGAGCAUGAGGAGUCAGAGCAGCUCAGCAAGUGAAAGAAGUUCAACUGUCGGGACAGAAACAGAAAACCAAUUCCUGGCAACAGCAGCACUGAUCUCUUAUUCCCUUGUGCGUUUUGCAGCUGGACACUUGAGCGUAAAGAGAUCUCCAGAAGCUUUUAUUUCAAUUCAGUUGGAGAAACAAGGUCCCCGGGACAUUAUGCUGAACGCAUUCAUUCAAAAGAAACAAAUACUGGGAAGCAGAAUGCAAAAUCCACUGGGGAUAAUUAGUGCAUCUUUUAAGGAAGGCGGGGUACCAGACAGUGAAAGGUUGUUGGCCCCCACUGAAAAAGCUGCACCUUGA